AAAGAACAGUAUUUAUAAGAAAAAAAAAUCUAAUAGUACUAUAUCAACUAUAUAAAUGUAUUUACGAGUACAUAAAGUAAACUCAACAUAAAGAAUCACUAUAAGUAUGCGUGAGAUAGUCCAUAUUCAAGCUGGUCAGUGUGGAAACCAAAUAGGAGCUAAGUUUUGGGAAGCCAUAUCAAAGGAACAUUGUAUUAAUUCAGAGGGUCGCUAUUGCGGCAAACGGUGUAAGCUGCAAGACGGUAUCAAUGUGUAUUAUAAUGAAACAGCGAAAGCGAAAUAUGUACCAAGGGCAGUACUUGUGGACCUUGAACCUGGUGCAGUGAAUAAAGUACGUUCCAGUUCAAUUGGAAGAAUAUUUCGUGCCGAUAAUUUUAUAUAUGGUAAAGCAGGUGCAGGGAAUAAUUGGGCAAAAGGUUAUUAUACGGAAGGUGCAGAAUUAAUAGAACCCAUAUUGGAUACAAUUAGAAAAGAGUGUGAGUGUUGUGAUUGCUUACAGGGUUUUCAAAUUGUUCAUGCAUUGGGCGGUGGCACUGGGUCAGGCUUAGGCACAUUACUAAUAUCGAAAUUAAGAGAAGAAUUUCUUGACCGUAUGUUACUUUCCUUUUCUGUUAUACCCUCACCAAAAGUAUCAGAAACGGUAGUGGAACCCUACAAUUGUGUGUUAAGUGCUCAGGAAUUAAUCGAAAAUACGGAUGAAACAAUUGUUAUUGAUAAUGAAGCACUAUAUGACAUAUGUUAUCGAACACUAAAAUUGAGAAAUCCCACGUAUGGCAACCUAAAUGAACUUGUCUCUGCCACAACUUCUGGUAUUACGACAUGCUUACGCUUUCCUGGUCUAUUGAAUGCCGAUUUGCGUAAAUUAGCUGUGAAUAUGGUACCAUUUCCACGUUUACAUUUUUUUAUCACCGGUUUUGUGCCACUCUCUCCGCGCUCUUUAUUAGCGAAUAAGACUUUAACAGUACGUCAAUUAAUAAUGCAAAUGUGUAAUGCUAAAAAUAUGAUGGCUGCUUGUGAUCCUCGCCAUGGACGUUACCUAGCUAUGGCUGCAGUAUUUCGUGGACGUAUUUCAAUGAAAGAAGUUGAUGACCAAAUGCUUAAUAUACAAAAGAGAAAUAGUAAUUAUUUUAUUGAGUGGAUACCGAACAAUUGUAAGACUGCUGUUUACAACAAAGCUCCGUGUGGGCUCAAGAUGAGCGCUUCAUUUAUUGGUAAUAACACUGCCGUGCAGGAAAUUUUUAAAAGGGUAUCAGAGCAAUUUUCUAAAUUGUUUAAGAGAAAAGCAUUUCUACAUUGGUACACAAAUGAAGGAAUGGACGAACUUGAAUUUACCGAAGCCGCGAAUAAUUUAAAUGAAAUUAUUUCUGAAUAUCAGCAAUACCAAGAUGCAUCUCUGGAAGAGAAAAUUAUAAAUGCUGAAACUGAACAAAUAAUUGAGUAGAAUUUACAAUUAUGUAUA